AGGUCCCUAUUUCUACAUUUCGGCUUUUUACCAAUUAUAUGCACGAACAUGUUCUCUUCUUCCAGUUGCCAGUGCUUUCUUCUUCACAGAGAUCAAAAGUAGAGCCUUUCCGAAAUUGUUCCCCGGAUUAAUCCAAAAACUGUGGGUCAAAUGGGAGCUCGAAGGAAUGGUCUUACUCAGCCUGCUUCUCCAGUUUGUACUUCUUUGGGUUGGCCAUCGUCGGAGAAAGCAAGGCAAAUGUUCUCAUUAUGUUGCUAUCUUUGCUUGGUUUUCAUACGUAUCGGCAGAUUGGGUAACCACUGUUGCCUUAAGUGCCCUCCUCAAGGCCAAAGUGAAGGAGCUAACCAAUGAACUGGUUGUGUUUUGGACGCCAUUCUUGCUCUUGCACCUCGGUGGUCCACACACCAUCAGUGCCUAUGCCUUGACAGACAACGAGCUUUGGUUGAGGUCCUUUCUUGGCCUCGUUAUCCAAGUUGGGGUGGCUAUGUAUGCCUACGUAAAGUUUGGGACGAAUAACACACUCAGAUACAGCGCCAUCCCGAUGUUCAUUACCGGAAUCAUCAAGUAUGUAGAAAGGAUUUGGAUUCUCAGAGAUGCAAGCUACAAGCAAUUUAGCAACUCUGUUUUCUCAUCCACCAGCAGCAACACACUUGAUACCACUCAAACUAGUGAUUCAACGUGCAAUCAUCAUCCUCAGACCUUGGACGAGUUUUUAAGAGACAAAAAUGUUAUCGAAGAAGGCAAAUCUUUCUAUAAAGCUUAUUAUCUAUAUAAGAUGUACAUACCUCUCUUUUCAGAGCUCAGGCUCAGGAUUUAUAGAAAUUUACGGGACAAGUUCAUGCUCCCCUACACCAUAUCCGCUGAAGAUGCCUUCAAAAUUGUACAAAUUGAGCUAGAGUUCUUGUGUGACAAGCUCUAUACCAAGAGUAUCAUUCUGCAAUCUACAAAAGGAGUAAUCCUCCAGGGUAUCUGCUUUUUGUCAACUUUUGCAGCAGUGAUUACCUUCUCUAUCACAGUUGGUAAUUACCAUUAUCCAAGGGAGGACAUUUGCAUAACUUACUUGCUGUUGGGUGGAGCAAUCUUUGUUGACAUUUGCUCAGCUAUUUCGCACGCUUUUUCUGAUUGGACCAUUUACCGUUUAUCCAGUCCGACCAACUCAGUGCAUAAGUUUGUGGGUUACUCAAUUGCUUCCUGGCUAGUUCGUUGCAAGGCCAAGAAGAAGGGAAUAACAUAUAUGGCACAACAUAGCCUGAUAGAUUAUUGCCUCAAGGUCAAGACAUCUUCGUGGAGUUCAAUUUUGAGAGUACCUGACAUCGAAGAAUUUAGGGAGAAGUUUUGCCACACUUCUUGGGAAAAGGUGGAUUCAAAUCUGAAGAAAUUCAUCCUCUCGCAUCUUCAACAGAAGUUUAAGCGGUAUCAAAACAUUAAAGAUGAGGCGUCAGGAGAGAAAAUUGAUAAAAGCUUUGAGGAAUUUGACCAUCUGUUCCUCAUAAAGAUGCUGAACGAGAGGGGUGAUCAUGUGCUUCAGCGAAUGGAAAUUCCUCUUAAGGAUGAGUUUAAAUGGAGCAUUCUUGAUGUAGAAUUCGGUCACAGCAUUCUUUUGUGGCAUAUUGCAACGUUUCUUCUCUUCUACGAUGAUCACAGAAGAUAUUCUAGCAGUGUUCUGGGUUUACAUUGCCGAAUUAGCAAGCUGUUGUCAGAUUAUAUGAUGUAUCUCCUCAUGGCGCGGCCGCUCAUGCUUCCUAAAGGGAUUGGUCAAGUGAGGAUAAGAGAUACUCAAACAGAGGUGAUAACAUUCUUAGCCCAAGAGAAGUCACUAAAUAACAAUGAUGUUGCCAGUGCUUUGCUUGACAGGCAAAACAAAUUUCCACCGCCACUAAUUCAUAGCAAGUCAGUGUUGAAGGAUGGCUGUAGGCUGGCGUCUAUGUUGAAGGCAUUGGUGGAGGAAUUGCUGUGGGAUCCUGAAGAAAAAUGGGAGAUGAUAGCAAAUGUGUGGAUGGAAAUGCUGGUAUUUGCCGCAAGCAAAUGCAGAUGGAAACAUCAUGAAACGCACCUUAGGCAUGGUGGGGAGCUGCUUACCCACGUAGCACUUCUUAUGGCACAUCUUGGCCUAACCGAACACAUCCGAAUUGUGCAAAAGCCAAGUGCUGAGGUGCAAUCUUUGAAGUGGGACUGGGAACGACAUUCUCAUAUGUCUGAUUACCUUGCAUAAGAUUAUCUUUUCAAAGACAAAAUACCUUAUUAAAAGCCCGUUUUAGUUUCUUAAAAGUUGUUAUAAAAGUGUUGUUUGAUCACACGACUUCUCAAGAGGCUUGUAUUAUGAAAUUAUAUAGAAUAGUCAUGGGAUAUGAAUUUGCUAUAUUAAUUUUCUUUUUUCAUUGAGGUAUUUUCCAAAUUGGAUGAGAUUAAUUAAUACCCUUAGCACUU